AAGUGGCUAGAAACUUGCAAUUAUUGGCUGGUGCGUGGGUUUUCUCAUUGAAUUUGUGAGUGAUUUGUGCAAGGGUUUGUUCGGCCGAUUGAACUCAAAGCAAAUUAAUCAAUUACCGGCUAUUCCAGAAUUUUGAUUGCCAAUUUGUUUAUUAUUGGGUCCUGAUGCCUCCACGACGUAAGUCGCAGCACCAGGAAGCAAUCCUUCAAUCCAAGAAGCAAGUCAGGCAGCAGAAAAGCUGGCUGAAGGGGGAACCGUCGUGCCAUUGCAGAACUUAUAAUGUUGAUAAACAUCCACAUCAAUGCUGCCACAAAGUGGGAUUCGGAAAAUGUCCAGUGCGUCGAUACAAGGAGAAUAGAUUGUGUGCAGAGACACAUCACCACAAUCGGACUAGGGAAAAUGUUGAUGCGAAGGAAGAUUCCCAACUUGGAUGGGGCUGCUACACCUAGUGAGUUCCUUGAUUGGUUGGCAAUGGUGGAGCACAUUCUUCAGUGCACGAGACUCCCGAGUGAUGAAGAAGUAAAGUUUGUUGCAAAGAGCUUCCAGAAUCGGGUAUCGCCUUGGUGGCGACAGUUGAAUUGAUCCGUAGACGCUAGGCAAGUCAAAGAUUAAAUCAUGGAAGAAGAUGAAACGAUGUUUGCGAGCUAAGUUUGUUCCGUUUAACUACCCAUGGCCAAAGUAUAGGCGGAUUCAGAAAUUGCAAUUAGGCAAGCUCUUAGUUGAUGAGAAUCCCCGAUGCCUUCGUUAUCCUAAAGCUCGACAAAGUCGACUGCUUAAGGGAGAUAGAUCCAUUGUUAUGAAGUUCGACUACUAUCCAGCUAUAUACAAUAAUCAACCAUGGAAUCAAAAAAAAAAAAAAAAGGCAGUAGCAUCGCAAGUGGAAGCUGCUGGUUCCUUUCUCAAUGCGGCAUGUGAUGAGAUUGCUAAUGAUGAGUCCUCACUUGUCGAGGAAGCUGAUGUUAAUCAGGAUUCAUCAUGGUGCAACGAGCAGUCUAUAUUGAGUGCCAUUGAUAAGGACGCUGUACAUGAUUUCUCUUCUCACGAAGACUAUGUUUUUGAGGAGGAGACACAAUGUUGUAGGCCUUUGGAGACGGGAGAUGAACGACUAUUUCUUCACCGGGGCGAGUGUUUUCUUCUUGCAAGGGUUCACGAUUGUUGGGGAAGGAACGCUGUCGAUUGGAGCAUGCCACCUAUAUAUGAUGUGUAUCAAGAGGACGAUGUUACAGGUAUCACAUAUUUUCUGCCAUUCGACGGGGUUUAUGUUAAUCGGGUUGAAGCCGAUUUUUGUAAUGCACCAUUAGUUGAUUUUUCAUCACAUACAGAGGCGAUGACUGUUGAUUUAGUUGAUAAUGAAUAUACCACGGCUGGAAAGUCAAUAAUGGAACGCGCCACCAAUAGUUUUUUUGGUGUCCACCAUUUACAAAUUGGUGCAUCAUGUGGGUCAACCUUCGGAUGUGAUGAUACUAUAAUAAAUAGUUCUAAUUUAGACUUUUCAUAUCAUGAUGGUGGAAGAGAGGAUUCAGAAGUUGAUGAUAGUAAUUAUGGUGAUGAUGAUUAUGAUUAUUUGCAAAUGCAAGCCCAGUUCGAUAAUGUGGAUUUGCCACUUGGAGUAGAGGCCUCAUUUUCUUGGCUCCAGUCAUCUGCCGCGAGUUUGGAUAGUAUUACUUCUUUGAAUAUGGUAGCACAGGUUGAUGUUACGAUUUCUUGUGCGGCACCGUCCAUCUCUUGUGUCGACAGUGCUCUCCCCCUCACAAUGAUAAGCAUGGGGUAUUCAUUUCCUUUCUCUGCAUUGUCUCUUUGCCAUGAGGUAUCCAAGUCUUUUUCGCAAAUUCAUGACUUCCCUAUUAUGCAACAUGGCGAUCUCUUUCCAUUACUGUCAGAUCAUGAUGCUUCACAUUGA